GGCCAUCGCUUGAAGAAGACGAGCAUGAGCGAGAAGACGACCACCCAAGAUGCUGCCACGACUGGAGGUGCAACGAAGCCGCCACCAGCAACACAGCGGGGCCCAAUCUUUCUUCUUCUGGGUGGGACAUCGAGUAUGAUGGCUGCAACUUGUACGCAUCCGCUGGACUUGCUCAAGGUCCGCUUGCAAACGGCUCACCAAGCAGCGCCUGGGACGGCGCCGCGCGGACUCGUGCAGACGGCAGUGGCUCUUGUUCACAAUGAAGGGUUCCGCGCACUCUACCGUGGCCUCACCGCCUCCCUGGGCAGGCAGGGCACAUACUCCACCACCCGCUUUGCAGAGCGUGUGUUUGCGUGUGUUGCAGCGUGA